AUGCUUCCAGUACUACGCUAUAGCCAAGGAGAUGAGGCAAUGAAGAUUACACGUAUUGGAAUGUAUGUGAAUAUGGCAAUGGCAACAACCAAGGGUGCUGUGGGUAUGGCAAUACACUCAAGUGCAUUGAUAGCCGAUGCUGCUCAUUCAUUGUCAGAUUUACUCUCUGAUGUGGUGACACUUUGGAGUGUUAAGGUCGCACGACUACCUCCUGAUCGGAAGCAUCCUUACGGAUAUGGCAAGUAUGAAGCUGUGGGCUCGCUCUCUGUUGGCGCUAUUUUAGUACUUUGUGGCUUUGGAAUCGGCGCGGACGGACUUCAGGCGAUACAAGAGAUCUGGACUGGUGAUACUGCUCGAAAUGUGUCGGAGUUUUACUUGCCGUAUCUUUCUCAAAUGGAUCGCAGUUGGCAAUGGGUUCUCGCGGCGGGUGCUGCGGGAGUGUCCAUUGCAGCAAAGGAGGCGUUGUUUCGCGCAACUGUAAAGGUUGGACAGCAGGCAAAUAGCAAGGUAUUGAUUGCAAAUGCAUGGCAUCACCGCACGGAUGCAAUUUCUUCAGUCGUGGCUCUAGGUGGUAUUGUCGGCUCGAUAGCGGGGGUACCUUUGCUCGAUCCAGUUGCCGGUAUGGCAGUUGCAGCGAUGAUCGUGAAAACUGGUGGUGAAAUCUGCUUCGACAGUGUCCAAGAGCUUACUGACAACACGGUCGAGGCGGAGGUGCUGGAAACGCUGAAAGAAGUGUCAGGUAGUGUCGAUGACGUCUUGCAUGUAUCGCAAGUUCGAGCUCGUCGAAUGGGACCGUAUACGCUAGUGGACUUGCGAGUUCACCUUGAUGCGCGAACGAGUAUUUCAGUGGCUCAGCAGAUUUCAGCGCGAGUGCGAUCUCACAUUUUGCAAGAAGUUCCUGACGUAUCUGAGGUCCUGGUUCACAUUGACGUUCGUUUCGGUCGGUUUAAUAGCUCCACGACUGACACGGGUGAUUUGAGUAAUAACGAGCUGCGCCCGUACAGGAAGAUCAAGAGGGACAUAAGCUACGCCUUAGCUACUAUUCCAGAGAUUACCGGGACGACACACAUCAACACGCACUGGGUACCACACCAGGGCACGGUCGUCGAUGUUGCCAUUCUUGUUCAACCUGACCUAAAAGUUGGAGCAGCACACGGCGUUGCAAAGAAGGCGAGGAAAUCCAUUGAAGCCAUUCCAUACAUUGUUGAGGCCGACAUUCACCUCGAGCUCCAGGACGAUGACACGGAUUUAUAA